AUGCGGGUGGGACCGGCAGAAAAAGAAAUCUUUUUCAGGCAGACGCAUUUUGCACUGUCCGUAGCGCACAUACGAGCCGAUGGACGGAAGAUCAUCAUCUUGCGAGACCAAGUGUUGAGCGUCGGCGCUUGGAUUCCGUAUCACCCCGGCGGUGACAAGUCGAUUCUGCACCUGGUCGGACGCAACGGAAUUGACGAAGUUACAGCUCUGCACUCUGACGGUGCCCAGACACAGAUGCAGAGAUUCGUCAUUGGCAGGAUUCAAGGGCAAUGGCAGAACUUCUUGCCUCCGAUUCAAGGAGGGGUCUUCAGGCCGCUUCCAUCGAAGGGUACUGACGAACAGAACGCGGCUUCGGCGCAAUCAACCGAAUCUGGGGACGCGUGUUUAGGCUUGGUGAGAGAACCGAAGCCACGGUCGCCAAUGCUUGAUGCCAAAGGUGGUGGGCACCGGGCUCGACUCAGGUUCUCUGCUGGCAGCAGUGAGUCUGCAUCGCAAACUUCGUCCAUGUCUUCAGGCCCACCAAGUCCCGCUCCUGUCUCGGCCAGUACUUUUGAAUCUGCCGAAGCUUCGAUAGCGCAUGCUAUUUCGUCUGAUCUCUCCCUCUACCCCGGGCUAGAUCAAAUGUCGCAGCACGAGGUUGCGACAAAAUAUCGCGAGCUUGAUGAGACGCUCCGAGCCAAGGGACUAUAUCAGUGUGCAUACAGAAAUUAUGCCGUCGAGUUUCUGCGAUAUUUCCUUCUCUUUGUCCUUUUCCGCUCAUUCCUUCACUACUCACACUUUACCUUGUCGAGUAUCUGUCUCGGCUUCUUGUGGCACCUGCUGGCUUUUUCUGUACAUGACGCCGGCCAUCUUAGCAUCACCCACGACUUUCACACCGAUACUUGCAUUGGCAUCUUCAUCGCGAACUUUCUGGGCGGCCUCUCCGUAGGUUGGUGGAAGCGCAACCAUAAUGUUCACCACAUAGCCACAAACUCGCCCGAGCACGACCCGGACAUCCAGCAUAUGCCUUUCUUUGCGAUAUCGUCAAGGUUCUUCAGCUCGCUCCACUCCACAUAUUACGAUCGGGACAUGAAGCUCGACUCUGCGGCUCGUUUUUUCAUCAAGUGGCAGCAUUGCCUCUACUACCCCAUACUUCUCCUCGGUCGUUUUAACUUGUAUCGACUUGCCUGGUUAUACCUGCUAGAUCCCAGGCAGUCGCCGCGCAAAGGUCCCGCAUGGUGGCACAGAUACUUGGAGAUGAGCGGGCAACUCAUCUUCUGGUACUGGUUUGGCUAUCGCACGCUGUAUCUCUCGGUGCCAACGUGGUCAGCGCGCCUGUCGUUCCUCUUUGUUUCGCACGCGGUCACCGCGCCACUUCAUGUACAACUUACACUCAGCCACUUUGCCAUGUCAAGUGCAGAUGUUGGCGUGCAAGAAUCCUUUGCGCAAAAAAUGGUACGGACAACAAUGGAUGUCGAAUGUCCGGACUGGCUUGACUUUAUCCAUGGUGGGCUCAACUUUCAGGUCGUACAUCACCUGUUUCCGCGACUCCCGAGGCAUAAUCUGCGUCAGGCUCAACCUUUGGUCAAAGAGUUUUGCGACAAAGUGGGCAUCCCAUACAUUAAAUUUUCCUUUACAAGAGGAAAUCAAGAGGUCAUUGGCAGAUUGGGUGAAGUAGCUCAGCAGCUACAAGUUCUGGAGGAGUGCCAGAAAAUUGCUGCCAAAGAACUCGUCGAGCGUUGUUACAACCACUGA